CCCCUAAAACUGAGCUAGGAACAAACGCUGAAAUGACUUUUCAAAAGGGAGGGACGGGAGGAAUUCUGACCUUUCUCCCAGUGCUUUACAACGUGAAACCACAAAGCAAUUGAGGAAUCAGUGCACGGCACGUGGAUUAAAAUGCUUCCUAGAAGCAGCUAGUACUGUACACUGCCUCAACCCUCCUGAACUUUCUCAGUAAAUACAGCAGCCUGACAGCCUGGCUUCCCCGCUGGGUGGAUCCUGCAACUCCAGGAGGGAAUGGCACUUCUUGUUUUUAAUUAAGAAAGGUGAAAGGUGAAUUAAAACUAGCUGUUUGGCAAGUCAGAGCAAGGGGCUGAGUUUUGAAGAGCACCAAGGAGGAGGGUGCUUUCUUCUUUUCUUUUCUUUUUUUUUUUUCCACUCUCCCUCCCUCCUUUUCUGAAUGAAUUGCCUUGCAGGAGGGACUGAAAAUACAGCUUCUUCCCGAAUCCACUGGCAGAGUUACUAAAGAGAGCUCAAGACACAACACUGCAGAGUGACGCCUUGGAAUGUCCUCCCACUUUGUAAACAAUUGUCCUAGGGAGGGAAUAUUUUUACAUGACAUUUGCACAGCUUGACAAAUGGCUAGCUGAGACUGUGUGCUUCUCUGAUGAACACUGAAUUUCCCGUAGAGAUACCCCACAAACUGACCAAAGAGAGAGAUCUAACUGCACUGGGAAAGUAGAAGUGGAACUUGGAGCCUUAAAAAACUCAUCAAAACAGCAAACAAACAUCAGCAGUUAAGUGAAGAGAGCAAGAAUUUCAUCUUGGGCAGAAUGGCAUCUGCCCAGGACCUUUUAAUCCUGGUACUAUAUGCCUGGUUACUAGAGUUACCGACUGGAUGUCAUGCAACAGAUACAAGGCAGCCAAGGUUACGUCUGUCACAUAAAGAGCUCUGGGAUUUAAACAGGACGUCAGUCUUUCAUAGCCCAUUUGGAUAUCUUGGUCUUCAUAUAAUGCUGCUGGAUGAGUAUCAAGAACGUCUGUUCGUGGGAGGAAGAGACCUCUUGUAUUCCCUCAGUUUGGAUCGAGUCAGCGACAACUACCGAGAGAUCCAUUGGCCUAGUACACCUCUGCAGGCAGAAGAAUGCAUAAUUAAAGGAAGAGAUGCUGAUGAAUGUGCAAAUUACAUCCGUGUCCUUCACCGAUAUAACAGAACACAUCUUCUGGCUUGUGGAACAGGAGCUUUUGAUCCUCUCUGUGUUUUUAUUAGAGCUGGACAUCCAUCAGAGGAUCAUCUGUUUCAGCUGGAAUCGCACAAAUUUGAGAGAGGACGAGGCAGGUGCCCUUUUGACCCGAGUUCUUCCUUCACCUCCAUCUUAAUUGGUGGUGAACUUUUUACUGGUCUCUACAGUGACUACUGGGGAAGAGAUGCUGCUCUAUUUCGCACCAUGAACCGCAUGGCUCAUCUCCGAACAGAACCUGAUAGUGAGCGCCUGUUGAAAGAACCAAAAUUUGUUGGCUCAUACAUGAUUCCUGACAAUGAAGACCAUGAUGACAACAAAGUGUAUUUCUUCUUUACUGAAAAAGCAUUGGAGGCUGAGACAAGUGCUCAUGCCAUAUAUACCAGAGUGGGACGUGUAUGUGCGAAUGAUAUGGGAGGCCAGCGAAUGCUCGUGAAUAAAUGGAGCACCUUUCUCAAAACCAGGCUAGUUUGCUCUGUGCCUGGGAGAAAUGGAAUUGAUACACAUUUUGAUGAAUUGGAGGAUGUUUUUCUGCUGCAAACUCGAGAUAACAAAAAUCCAGUGAUAUUUGGCCUCUUCAACACUACAAGCAAUAUAUUUAGAGGAUAUGCUAUAUGUGUUUACCACAUGGCAAGUGUCCGAGCAGCUUUCAAUGGACCAUAUGCUCAUAAAGAAGGACCUGAAUACCACUGGGCUCUAUAUGAAAGAAAAGUACCUUAUCCUAGACCUGGUUCUUGUGCCAGCAAGGUGAAUGGUGGUCUGUACACUACCACCAAAGACUACCCUGAUGAAGCCAUCCAUUUUGCCAGGAGUCAUCCACUGAUGUAUCAGCCCAUCAAGCCUGUUCAUAAGAGACCAAUAUUAGUUAAAACAGAUGGAAAGUACAACCUUAAACAAAUUGCAGUGGACAGAGUGGAAGCUGAAGAUGGGCAAUAUGAUGUCUUGUUCAUUGGUACAGAUAAUGGAAUUGUGCUGAAAGUUAUUACAAUUUAUAAUCAAGAGACAGAAUCAAUGGAAGAAGUGAUUCUUGAAGAGCUGCAAGUAUUCAAGGUGCCAGCUCCUAUUAUUUCUAUGGAAAUUUCUUCAAAAAGGCAACAGCUCUAUGUUGGAUCUGAGUCUGCCAUAGCACAAGUGAAGUUCCACCAGUGUAACAUGUACGGCACUGCCUGUGCUGACUGCUGCCUCGCUCGAGACCCAUACUGUGCCUGGGAUGGGAUCUCCUGCUCCCGAUACUAUCCCACAGGAAUGCAGGCAAAGAGACGUUUCCGCAGACAAGAUGUUCGACACGGAAAUGCAGCGCAGCAGUGUUUUGGCCAGCAGUUCAUUGGUGAAGUCCUUGAGAAGGCUGAGGAGCGACUUAUUUAUGGAAUAGAGUACAACAGCACGCUUCUGGAGUGUACCCCACGGACCUUACAAGCAAAAGUAAUCUGGUUUGUCCAGCGAGCACAUGAUACUACUAAAAAGGAAGAGGUGAAGACAGAUGAUAGAAUAAUCAAAAUGGAUCUUGGCCUCUUAUUCCUGAAGCUGCAUAGGCUGGAUGCAGGGACCUAUUUCUGUCAGACAGUGGAGCACAGCAUUGUUCACACUGUCAGGAAAAUCACCCUGGAAGUAGUUGAGGAAGAACGCGUAGAUGAAAUGUUCAAUAAAGACUAUGAGGAGGAGAUAUCUCACAAAAUGCCAUGCCCAAUGCAGAGCAGUAUACCCCAGGCAUCAAAACCAUGGUACAAGGAAUUUCUUCAACUAAUAGGUUACAGCAACUUCCAGAGGGUGGAAGAAUACUGUGAAAAAGUGUGGUGUACAGAUAAGAAGAGAAAAAAGCUGAAAAUGUCUCCAUCUAAGUGGAAAUAUGCCAACCCUCAGGAGAAGAAGGCAAGGAUCAGGCCAGAGCAUUACCGGUUGCCCAGGAACAUAGCUGACUCUUGAUGGACAAAAUCCAUCAACUGUUUAUGGGUGAAAUUUUAUUUGGACUUAAGUAACAGGGAGAAAUCAGUCUUGGUUUUGGUAAAUGACACAGGUUUAUAUAUAUAAAAUAUUGGGACUUAAAAAUGCUAUGGUAAGUUAUACAGUACACUCAUGAUGAGAGUUUAGAAGCAUUUUAAAUGAAAUCUUCUUAACUAUCUGAUUUUAAGUAGGUCAAUGUAAUCAGAGUUUUGCAUUAGGGAGGUUGUGACAAUCUUCAGACUUUGAGUGCGUGAACCAGUUUCCUGUGUGGACCAUGCUUGCGCUGUAUAUUGUUGCACAUGAUGGCAUAUUUAAAAAAUUCAAAUGUCUAAGCAUUCACAAAUGGAUGAAAAACCAUAACACAUAUGUUUUCUUUGUUUCACAAAUUUCUCAUGCUUCUGAAAGUGGCAUGUCUUCGGAUCUUUCUUUUUGAUUGUGACCUGACUUUAUCACUGAGAGCAAUUAGUUGUGUUAAUACAGUGUACUGCUAUUUUUAAAGAUAAUGAAGGGAAAUCUUAUUUACUUCCCACAAUUUUUUUGUCUUACCAGCCAUUUAUGAAGCGCAAUGUGCUCUCACAGCUACAUAAGAUUUCCUAGUAACUUAAUGUAAGUCAAAUGCAUGCUGAGAAUGCAAACAUAAUGAAAAUCUUCAAUUUAUCUAUACAGAAAGUUGGAAUAAUAUUUUAGGAAACGAGUCUAUCUUGUCUGUAGUAAUGGAUGUUGCCUUAGUAGUGGCACGAAUUAAGGGAGUGCCCUCUUGUGGCAAAACAAAGCAAAAUCCGAUAUUGUCAUCUG